GAACAAAGUUGUGUAGUGGACUUGAAGGAAGGAAUUUGCUGGGAACAUCUGAGGAUAGAUUGGCAGGAGGAGUAUCAAUUGAGGAAGAGCCUGAUGAUCUUGGUGUGGAUGACCAAAGAGAACUCACGGAAUACACGAGAGAAGCACUACUCCACAUUAGUCAAUGGGCCUGA